CGUCGUAUCGAGGUCUGCAGAAGGACUGGCGAGAGUGAUGACCAUCAUCGUUGAGGUGUUCGGGGAGUUCGGGCUAACGGUGUCGGAGAAGAAGACGGAGACGCUCCUGAUGCGCGCAAAGGACAAGCCGACUGCAACAUCACAGCCCGCCCCGCCUCCACCGCUGACCAUCGAAGCUGCGGGACAGAAAUACGCCCAGACGACCGAGUUCCGGGACCUUGGUGGCCUUGCCAACGAACAUAGCGACCUCACCCGUGAGAUCAGCUACAGGAGCAGAGGAGCGUGGGCGUGCCUCAGGCGAUGUGGCCGGGAGCUCUUCGACAGACCGCAAGCGCCAUUCCGACUCAAGAUCCGCCUGCUCCAGGCGGAGGCGAUGGAGGCACUGCUGUACGGCUGCAUGACAUGGUCACCACUCAACGGCCACUAUCAGACGCUGCGGUCGAUACACCACCGACUGCUCCUUCGAGUUAUCGGGUACAAGCGCAAGAAAGACACCUACCGGCAGCUCUCUUACGCCCAGGCGCCAAAGAGGGUCGAAUGCCAGAGCGUUGAAGCCACGAUCCGACAACGGCGCCUACUGCUCGCGAGAGCAUUGGCAAGGCAGCCGGACGGGCGACUCCCGAAACGACUGAUGCUCGGCGAACUGGCAGGUGGGGAGAAGCGACGUAGGGGGGGACAGAAACAGAACUGGCCGAAGUGUGUGCUCGACGACCUGAAGGCAUUCGGGGCCGACCACGGAUCUACGAAAACCGAUCCAUGUUGUCUCGGAAUCCCGGUACCGAAAGACACGGCACCGAAGUUAAAGUGGACAGAAGCCGCGAAGGUGGAAGGGGGAGUACCCUGGCAUGCGGCAGUGCUGCAGGGAGCUGAGAGGUUCAUGACCUCCUGGCACGAGAAAAGGCCAGCCGACAACGGGCGCUCAAACGAAACCACAAGCCACCAACCAAUGGGGCGGGAGGGGCGCAAGCGACGGACGAGACGGCGAGGGAAGAGAGCAAACGAGAAGAGAUUGACCGAGUGACGCGAUACGUGCCGGAUUGAAUUUCUUUUCGCCAAUUCCCCCCCCCCAACGCUGCACCAUUAGGGUGUGUCUUAUCAGGCCAAAAAAAUACGUAUUUGGUUACGAAACCGUAUUUUCUUGAAAUAUAUGGAGGCGUUCCUCUACGUUUCCGUAACAAGAGCGAAGCGUAUUUUUAACUGGGCUUGCUCCUUUUACGUUUCGGUGAAAAAUUUCCCGCUACCGGAGCAGACACCGGUCACGCGUGCUGUCUUCAUCACACCACACCUAGACAGCACCAACAACACCCCAAAGUGCUUCCCAAGGCAACUACACUACCAUGCCUGAGCGUGGGAAGCGUCAAGAUCCCAGGGGGAUCGCAGCGCAACGCCGGGAGAAGCGCCGUCGGCGAGCUAUCGACGAGGAGGAUGUAGCCCAUGACAAGAGAUUCACAGUCUUGGGUCUUGUGAGGGCCGUAGUAGUGGCGG